GCACAGCGCAGUAACACUGCUGUCGGCCCCUCUCUCGCAGGUCCUUCAAGCCAGACUUCAUCCUGGUCCGCCAGCACGCCUACAGCAUGGCCCUGGGCGAAGACUACCGCAGCCUGGUCAUCGGCCUGCAGUACGGAGGGCUGCCCGCUGUCAACUCCCUCUACUCCGUCUACAACUUCUGCAGCAAGCCCUGGGUGUUUUCUCAGCUCAUUAAGAUCUUCCACUCCCUGGGUCCUGAGAAGUUCCCGCUUGUGGAGCAGACGUUUUUCCCCAACCAUAAGCCAAUGGUGAGUGUCCUGUCUACGCUGCUUAUUCGCGUGAUCUGGAGUGACACGUGUCUGUGUUCUCCGUCCAUUUGGAUGGAGGAGGUGGGCCCGGGGUGGCUCUCCCGGGAAGAACCGCAAUGUCUUACGGGACGCCCGGCUGUCCUAAGGGAAGAGUCCCCUCCGCAGGUGGGAUUUAGGCCACAGGACGCAUGACCAAGGGGGGCAGAGUUCCUUGGGACUUCAGGGGUUUGGGGCACACAAGGGGACAACUUGAACGAGCAUGUGGGGGCCAAA